AUGUCCACCCACCGCGCCGAUGCCAGUGCUCUUCUCGAUUCCCGUGGUUACGUCGGCCCGUUGAUUCGCGGCGUCAAUCCCGCAACGCUCCUCGAAAAAGCUGUCCGAGACCGCAUCACAGACUCCUACUAUUGGAAAGAACAGUGUUUCGGUCUGAAUGCUGCCACACUGUGUGAUAGAGCUGUGGAAUUGAGCUACAUCGGGGGAACGUAUGGUGGAAACCAGAAACCGACACCAUUUCUGUGCCUGGCAUUUAAACUGCUGCAACUCGCGCCAGAGAAGGAUGUUAUAUUGGAAUAUCUCAACUUUCAUGACCCAAUGGAGGAUGACGACAAUAGUGACGAUGAGGAUGGUGGCGAAGGAGCCGCAGUCUUGAAAGCAGUUGGAGAUUUUAAAUAUUUGCGGGCACUUGCCGCUUUUUAUAUCCGACUGACUUUUGAGCCGGUGGAAGUCUACACUGUACUUGAGCCAUUACUAUCAGACUACAGAAAAUUAAAACGGCGGACAAAGGAUGGCUUUGUGUUGACAUAUAUAGAUCAAUUCGUGGACGACUUACUCACCAAAGAUCGCGUAUGCGGAACAAGUCUCUGGAAACUUCCUGCCCGGCAGGUAUUGGAAGAUUUGGAUAUGUUGGAAGAAAGAACCAGCCCGUUGGGCGAAGAAUUAGAGGAGCUUGAUAAAGAGAGUGAUAACGAGAAUCAAAGAAGUGAGCAUGAAUCGCGGGACGGAGACGAUUGA